AUGGAUUCGGACUCUGAUUCAUACGAGGAUAUCGGGAAACCCUUAGGAAACACUCUUGAGCCGGUCGUCCUCUAUCUGUCAGGCUUAUCUGUCCACGCUGAAGCUGCAAAUCCAACCCCACUUUACCAAUUCAACAGAGAUAUCAGGUCAAUCACGAACAAGGAGUCCUCUGUGGCAUUCGAAAGAGUCCAGCAUGAAGCACCUGAGCUCGAGAUCGGGACCAAGGGCGCUAUUGCAAGCACAUCGCAAAAGCAACAUCUCUUCUACCUCGUGCACCCUGUGAAUGCGCAAUACCGAACGGACAUACCUGCUCGGUACUAUAUAACCUCUGCCGUACCCGAGAUGGUGGGCAAUAUCCGCCUUGAGACUUUCGAGUCACGCUUUCAAAAAAAAUCCUUCAAAGCGAUGUUGAGUCCCAAAAGGACUUAUUCAGAUAAGCCAUUAUUCAACGAGGGCACGCAACAAUCUCUCUUGUUUGAUAUCCACCAAAACAGGAAAACAGGUCGCAAUUGCUAUAAGUGGAGCGACUCCAAUGGCAUACAGGUAGCUGUUGAAGAGAAAGAAGAUGACCGAUAUAAAUUGUCCAUUACGGGGACUCUGUCGCAGGAGUUGAAGGAUGCACUAGUCGCUACAUGGCUAUUGAGGCUGUGGCACGACACGGCUGAAAGUAAAGAAGCUAAAAGGGAAUGUGAGUUGAGCUCCGUUGCAGUUGAAUCCUUCUCAAUGACACCCUAUGUUUUGACUAACUUCUCUAUCUAG